UCUCUUUUUUUCUCAAGACUUUAAAUGAAUUGUUGAACUAUCUUGUUCUUUGAAACUAGUUGUUCUUGAUUAAAAUAAGGAAUUCUUCAAAACAAAAUAUUUGUCUGCUUGUAUGUUUUCUCAGUCGUUUCGUUCGAAUAAGGAACUGAAGAAAAAGAUUUCAGAAGAGCUGAAACAAGUUCAGGAACAGACUGAAGAAACUGGACAAAAGUUAUCCAACAAAAUAUUCGACAGUAUCAAUGCUGAAGUUUUUCAGGUUUAUCAAUGGGAAGGAAGACUGGAGUCUGAAGUGAAGCGUUUGCAUAUGGCUGUAAACGAAUUGUCUUCUCAACUGGAAAGAUGGCAAGCAACUUUGAAACCUCUUGAGAAUGCUUUGAAGGAACUAGGAGAUAUUGAAAAUUGGUCUUCUGUUUUAGAUGAAAGAGUUUCAACGCUAGUAGAUAUGGAGGAACAAUCAAAGUAGUGUUAAGUUGUUAUUAAAACGGUAUUGAGUCAA